AUGCCAGCAAAAUAUUCGCAUGUAAGGAAGAAAUCCACCUCUGGCCUACUCAAGAAAGGCGGUACCGGUGGUCCAAAUGGCCACCAUAUCAUCAAAGAGACGCACCAUCCCCGCCCAAUGAACCCACACAUCGACAGAAGCAUCACCCAGGCCAUGUCCGCGGUCUCUCAGCUCGAACGCGCCAUUGCACGUAUCCUUCUCCUCCGCUACGAGCACGACAUGGCUCGCCUCUUCUCAACAAGGCUUUACAGCAUCGCACUUGUCCACCUACCCACCUUCGUCAUGCGGUGUGCUUCUCUCGGUGGUCCAGGAUGGCUUGCAUAUAAUCACGAUUGUGACGAGAUCAAAGACUUUUUCCGGGCUGUCAUCAGCAUGGAUAUGCGCGAGGCAGGAGAGAGGGUGGCGACGAAGAGUGUACUUUGGUCAUAUACCGCUCUGCGUCAUUUCGCUUUAUCGAACAGCGUACCCAUAUGCAACAAGAAAGGCCUACACUCCCUUCGUCUCCUACCCUUCUUCCCCGCUUUAAAAGCGCACCUCGAUUCCCUCGAGGCAAUGCCCCCAGCUACAUUUACCAAACCCCCGCAUCUAGGCUCACUUCAAGAAGGUCAGGACGCGCUGGAAGACGCCUGUGAGCUCAAGCAUGGUGGGUUUGGAGACGUGCGUCAUCCUGAUUGGGACGGGGACUGGCGAUUGAAGAUCCGCGUGGGAUACGAGCGGCUUUCUCAGACACUCUGGAAAGUUGCUCGCGAAUUUGAUGUACGCGGGUACGGCAUGGUGCUUCGAGAAAAGUUAACCACGAAAUGGUGUGAUUGUGGAUGUUCGACGGACCACUUGGGCGAAGUGUGUGAGGGUACGGUGAGGGAGGACGAGGAGGAUAGUGGGGUACGGUUUGGGAAGCAGAAGGAGUGGGAUGGGCGGGGCAGUGGUGUUUAUGGUUGGGAGACGGAGGAUGAGGAGGAUAUUUGGGAGAUUGAUUUAGAUUUUGGUAGUGCUGGCCCGGAGGAGUGUGAAGGUGCGGUGGAUUCGGAGAUGACGAUUGUUGAGAUGAUGGAGUGGCGGUUCCUCAAGGCUGAGAGGGAAAAGGAACAGGGAAAUGCUGCAUUCCGCAGAGGAGAAUACAAACAGGCCGUCAAGUCUUACGAAGAAGCACACGAAAUUGAACCAGAGCUACCUCAUUACCAGCUAAAUCUCGCAGCUGCACACCUGAAACUAAAUAACUGGAUGGAAGCCGAAAAGGCAUGCACUAAAGCCCUCAGUCAACACCGAAGCACCAAAGGGCUGUUCCGACGCGCGAGAGCGCGACGUAUGCUCGGGCAAUCAGAAGAAGCCAUUGCCGACCUACGUGCCAUUAUCCGAUUACAACCCCAUAACGCAGAAGCACUAGCUGAGCUGCUGUUUCUCCUCCCACCGAUCCCCGAAGAUACCACAACCACCCUUGCAUCGUCAACGUCUAAGCAACCUACCACGACCGUCGAGGCCGCUUCUGCGCUGUUGGCGCAAUUAGGAAUACAUAAACCGAAGAAACCUAAACCUAUACCCUUUCUGAGGACGAAAGCGGACAAUCGAAAGCUGAAGAUCACUGCAGUUCCUCAAAGCUCAACGACGAUAAACCCAGCAUCUAUAUUCAGCGGCGUUGAGUUUGAGGAAGCUGGGCAAGGGCAAGGGCGGACGUGUGGGUCGAAUGAUAUGCGGAAUCGGACGAGUCGACCGGGGAAAGAGAAGGCUUCGUCGGCGAAGACGAGGGAGAUGGAGAGAUUGAGGGGGGAAUGUGCGCCGUAUCUUUCUUGGGAUAGGUAUUCGUUGCGCAAGGCUGAUUGA